AUGUUUUCUUCUGUCCUUCCCAGUCCCGUCACCAUCGAUAAGGACUUAGCCCCUUCCUACCAACCAUUCAAGGAGCGAUACAAUCUGGACGGUGUCAUUCAAGACAUCAAGCAGCAUUUGGGACAGUCCGGCGGCAUCUCAUCCGAAGAUGUUGACCCUGAGUAUCUGAUCUCGUUGUUGAAAAAAUAUACAUCGGAUCCCAGCGACUGGAUCAGCUACUUCCAUAACGACACGAGCAAAAACUAUACUCGCAAUGCGAUCGAGAAUAUCAAUCACAAGGCCAACAUACUUCUUCUGGUUUGGAACCCUGGAAAGGGUUCGCCCAUCCACGACCACGCCGACGCCCACUGCAUUAUGAAGGUUCUAGCUGGACAAUUGCACGAAACCGUCUACCAUACCCCAGAAAACAAACCCGGGGAAUCCAAGCCUUUGACAGUCAAGUCCUCCACGACCUUGGGAAUGAAUGAAGUGACCUACAUCGCGGAUGACAUUGGCCUUCACCGGGUUCACAACCCCAGUAACAACCAGCUCGCUGUCUCUUUGCACCUGUAUACCCCACCAAAUGCAGCUGACUACGGCUACAAUAUUUUCGAUGAAGCCACAGGAUCUGCGAGCCAUGUCUCCCAGGCUCACUCGGUCCCAAAGCCUCAAUAA